AUGAUCUUCUGGGGCGUGCUGUUAUGGCUUGCCUUCUGGGCGGAUAUCGGCUUGGGCGACGUUGAGAUACUGUUUCCCAGCGACAACAGCGGGAAAUACGACCUGAGCAGGGGCUCGGCCGCACUGCGUGUCGAGUGGACGGUCACCGACGAAGUGCCAGAUGAGAACGAAAUUAAAUCGUACACCUUCACGCUGGUGGCAGGCAGUAACGCUGACCUCGUUUCAAUGUAUGUUUUCGACACGAUGGAGCCCUCUGAUCUCGAGGACAAUAAAGUGGAGUUGCAGUUGGCGAACACGGUGGGAACUGACGGUGUGUAUAUGCUGCAAGUGUUGGCGGCGUGCGAGUCCGGGUACACGAUUCAUUAUACCCACAGGUUUGAGCUGACGGGCAUGGUGGGAGGCAAACUAGCUCCGAGCACCAGUGAUGAAGUUCCGCCAGAACCCGAAAGGAGGGUUUCUGAGGACCCCUUGGCCGGCGGGAUCGAUUCUCGCAGCUUCACGGUCCCGUAUCACUUACAGACGGGAAGAGCCAAGUUUGCUCCAAUGCAAUUGCAACCGCCCACCAAACUCACUAGGAGCCAGUGGACCAUGAUACACGAGACGUCCGCAUUGACGUACUACAGCUCUUACAGGCGGUUCCGUAAACAGCUCACAACCAUGACACCAGGGCAGUCUUACGUGUUGCCAAGCGGGUUCAAUUACGCCUCGCCAGCACCGAUGCCCGCUGCUAACGGCGGAUGGCACUGCGCGACAAGACGGCUGUCGCAGACGCCCAGAAAGACUAACACUUAG